AUGUGUAUCUGGGGAAACACCUUGUCUCCUCUAUUCGUUUUCGGCGAUCCCGAUCCGAAGCAAUUGCAGCCCGCUGUCAUGACGCUGAAUGAGCGUUGGCCCAAGCCUAAGGAUGGACCUAAAGAGUUCAUCAAUUGCUUCACCUUGGAUGUAAAAGUCUCAGGUCUGGAGUACUUGCAGGCCUCUAGUAUCUUAGAAAGAGUUGGCCACAAAACCCACUUUCUUAGUAUGGUCACCGGAGGACCAAGCAAGAAUUCACCUCAUCAUCACCAUGGCCCAUCGCCCAGUUCUCAUUCAAAAAAGGAAGGACAAUUCCAACGAAACAAACAAACAAUCGACAAUGGCAUCACAGUACUUGCCUUUAUUAUCCCUCAUGAAGUUCCUGACUCAUACAUUUGGCAUUGGAUCGACUCCAGAGACGCCCAGUCCUUUGCCCAGUACCCAAUGUCCGCCAUACACUUUUCUUUAGGGGGAUGCCACAAGCAACCUCAUGACUGGAAAAGACAUGCGCAUUCUCCACACAAUCCGGCGAUUACCAUUGUCUUGGUCAGACCUUCCAUGUUGCAUAAAUCACCCGAGGCCCUUGCGUCUCAAAAUGAUAAAUCAAAGAAGCGACCUGGAUGA